CGGAAGCGCUAUUUGUACUCCUUUUCGCCUUGGCGCAUUUGGAGAAAAGUACUUGCAAGAAGAGCACAAGUCGUGUGUGCGAAAAACAGGAAAAGCCUAAGGAGCCCCCGCCUCCAGCUUCGUUCAGUAGCUUUUCUGACAUAACUCAGGUUUGGUUGUAAAAGUACUAGAGAAAGUAGAAAGCAAAAGUCCUCGCCGCGCUCCUACGUUAGGGCAACACUUCGAGCACGAAGGAAGUGCGCUCCUUGCCAAUGAAGACCAACAAAAUGCUCGCCACGGCCGCGACCUUCCUGGUUCUUGCCGGCGAAAAAUACUCCGGCGGUUAUUUUUCUCCGUUGGGAGUGGCGGGAGUGAGCGUGUCCACUCUGGUGCACAACACGAAGAAGAAGCAAGAGCUCAGUGACGCGCCCGAUGGUGGAAAUGGGCCAGCGGGUGCUGGGGAGAAAACUACGAAAGAAGCUGCUGGUGCUGGUGAGAAAACUACGAAAGAAGCUGGUGGCGAAGAAGCUGCUGGUGAGAUGAAAAUAUACGAAAAUGGGCUCUGAGCCUGUGCAGGUGACGGACUGCAGGGACUUGGAUGAGAAGGUCGGGUUGUUCAAAAAGAUUGUUUAUCCUGAGCUUUGUUGGCUUGAUAUGUAUGCCGACAUCCGGAAGAAGGCGCAGGAAUGCGAGCGCGCAGUUGACAAUCAGGGGAACCAAUGCUACUUGUGGAUAGCCCAAGGCGGCGACGCCACCGAUCUAUCAAAUGUAAAAAUGUCUGGGUCUGGAAGAAUGCAAGAUUUGUGAUGCAGGUUUUCCAUGACCCAUGAGGUCUGGAAUGCGAGACCCAGCAUGACAGAUUUUGUGAGGUCUCUAUCAUGCCUUUCCUGCAUGAGAAACUCCCUCGCAACUUGGUCAAAGGCGGACAGCUCUUGGUACUCACGCAACACAGAUUUUUGCAUCAUUCAGAUUUAGCAUGACAAGUUCUAACCUUCCAGACCCAGACACUUUUACAUUUGAUACGAUCUGCGCUGCCGCAAAACAGGGGAGGACACGGGUUUGGGUUCGAUUGCGAUCAUCUCAAAAGUAAAAAUGUCUGGGUCCUCUGGAAACUUGUGAUGCUAGGUGGCGUCUCAUGAUGAGGCUACAAAUGCUGGCUCAGCAUGACAAGUUUCUGAGCUCCUCGGUGUUGCCUAUUCUGCAUAACAAACUGCGCUUCUCCAGGUCCCGGCGUGGUGCUGGGACCCCACGGUGCUGGCCACGUGGGAAGUUCAUCCUAUCUGCUGGAAGACGGGACUUCCAGCAUAAGGCUGGCCGAGCACAUCAGUUAUGAGUGGCAGUAGUGCUGCGGGCACAUAAAUAAAAUUGCCGGGGGGCACGUCUCGUCUCAAAGAUGUUGAAAAGCUGAGAGGAAGCGCACAGCACCCGAUCAUGGUGCUUCGAGUCCGAACCGUCUGGAAAGGAACAACAAAACAAGGAUCCUACUCUUCUGGUAGAUUCCAAGCUACAGCUACAUGAUGCCUUACGCCGAAGACUGAAAGAGCCUAUUAGUUCGCAUACUAUCUACUUUACUUUGACUUUGAGCUACGUCUGCCGUGCUAAACAUAUUCUCGACAACAUGAUAUAAAGUAUGGACUCGGCACAAUUUUAAUCAAGAAAAACGCAACCAAGUUAUCUUUCAUACGCCUAUCGAGACGCAAUGGAGGCGUCACCUUCGUUGCGCCAGUAGUAGCUACUUCUAGCUGCACCUCGUCCGAGGAAAUCGAAGCGUCUUCAUUUUGGGCUUCCUUGAUUUCACUGUAAUCAGUAGUACUAGAGACAUCGUUUACAAUUUUUGAAGUUUGGCAUCAAGUUCGCAAGCGCGGCGGAACCAUUGUAUUUUGAAGCUUUGCGAACAAGAUGAAUUGCAAACAAAAUUUUGAACUCUCGCGAUUCUCUUUCUUUUCUAGCCAGCGUAGGGGCUUGCGUUGCUUACAACCGACUGGAUUUAUUGAGACAUAGAAAGAUGGAAAUAACCCACCGGACUUUCAUCGCGACAGGAUGUACUAUAUUGGUCACAAAAUGAAAAUGAUCUUCAAGCAUUGCCAUCGGCAGCCGAUGGCCAUCCUUGAAGAUCGAUCCUGAAACUGAAAGUAGCUGCGCACAUCCGCUGAACCUGAAAGUAGAACUAUGAAGAUCCUGCCUACUUGAGAAGUUGUGUUUGUUUCUACGCCCUUCCAUGGUUGUUGGCGCCACGUCAUCGAGAGUCUGAUGUGCAAAGAGUGAGUUUUCGGACCCAUCACACUAUGAACAAGGUUGAGCUGAAUUAGAUGCAAGUAGAGAUGAUCC